AGUUUUAGUUAGCUUCUCCAAUUGUGUAAUAAACUUAAAGAGUUAAAAAAAAAUAUGGGAAGACAACCUUGUUGUGAUAGAGUUGGAUUGAAGAGAGGUCCAUGGACUAUAGAAGAAGAUCAUAAGCUUGUCCAUUUUAUUCUCAAUAACGGCAUUCAGUGUUGGCGAACCGUUCCCAAGCUCGCAGGCUUGCAAAGAUGCGGGAAAAGUUGUAGACUGAGAUGGAUUAAUUAUCUAAGACCUGAUUUGAAAAGGGGCGCGCUAUCUGAAGCUGAAGAGGAUCAGAUUAUAGAGCUUCAUGCUCGUCUUGGUAACAGGUGGUCUAAGAUAGCAUCGUAUUUUCCAGGGAGGACAGAUAACGAGAUCAAAAACCAUUGGAACACUCGGAUUAAGAAGAGAUUACAUCUUAUGGGAAUAGACCCUUUAACUCACCAACCAAUUGACAAGGAAAAAUACCAACAUGAAUCAGAUGAUAAAACAGAGUUGUUGUCAACAAUAACAGAGACAUAUGACAAAAGAAAUGAAACAGAGAACUUCAUUGAAAAUGCUAAUGAUAUUUCACUACCAAACAAUAUGUUGAGUGAAAAUAUUAAUGAGGAGUUAUGGAACAAAAGUUUUAAAACUAUGUCGACUUGUUACAGUCCUUCAAUUUCUUUGGAAGCUGAAGAAUCUAUCAAUUUCUCAACAACAUCAAGUAAUGUAGCUGCUGCACCCGCAGAAGAAGAAGAUUCUGUACAACAAUGGAUGGAUUCGAUUUUCUCAUGUGCGAUCAAUCAGCUAGAAGAGGACCUGUUCCUCUUGAGAAAGUACAACUAAUAAUUGCGCAACUUUUCUUUUUUCCCUCCCUCUUCUUUGUUUUCUUAUUUAUAGAAUUCUUCUUCAAAAGGAAAAACAAGUACAGGGAGACGAGUUUCCUCUUCGUUACUUUGGCUGUAAUUUAUUUUUCUUUGUGCUAUAGUUUAGUGAAA